AAGCAGGCGCCACACUGCGUAGAGGCGGCUGUCCAAUCAGAAUGCAGCACAGCAUCGGUACUUCCGUUUCAGCUGUGACGGAAAUAUCAAGAGACUGCAGAUACUUCCAUGCUCUGGAGUGGACGUGGCUCUGCGAACUUGAUAUCAACCACCCAUGCAGCGCUGCCUGACUCUGACCCUUGCCCGGCACAACAGGCUCAUUUUGAGAAAUAAAUUUGCAUCUGUCCACUGCCAGCAGUCAGCAGCCAUGUCAGGUCUCCUCAUCAACCAGCCCAAAUACUCCUGGCUGAAAGAGCUGGGCCUGUCUGAGGACAACCCUGGUGUUUACAACGGGAGCUGGGGAGGCAGCGGGGAGGUCAUCACGUCAUACUGCCCUGCCAACAAUGAGCCGAUUGCCAGAGUAACCCAGGCAACUUUGGCGGAGUAUGAUGAAACUGUCCAGAAGACGAGGGAGGCUUGGAAGAUGUGGGCAGAUAUACCAGCUCCCAAAAGAGGGGAGAUUGUGAGGCAGAUUGGAGACGCGCUCAGAAAGAAGAUUAAAGUCCUCGGGAGCCUGGUGUCUCUAGAAAUGGGCAAGAUCUAUGUUGAGGGAGUGGGAGAGGUUCAGGAAUAUGUUGAUGUCUGUGAUUAUGCUGUUGGUCUGUCUAGAAUGAUUGGUGGGCCCAUCCUGCCCUCAGAAAGACCAGGCCAUGCCCUGAUCGAACAGUGGAACCCAGUUGGUCUUGUCGGCAUCAUCACUGCCUUUAACUUCCCUGUGGCUGUCUAUGGCUGGAACAAUGCCAUCGCUCUGACCUGUGGCAACGUCUGCCUCUGGAAAGGAGCCCCAACCACACCUCUCACAAGUGUUGCAGUUACCAGGAUUGUGGCUGAGGUGCUGGAGCGGAACAACCUGCCCGGUGCUAUCUGCUCCAUGACCUGCGGAGGCGCUGAUAUCGGCACAGCCAUGGCAAAGGAUGAGCGUGUGGAUCUGGUGUCGUUCACUGGCAGCACCCAUGUUGGCAAGAUGGUGGCCAUGAUGGUGCAGGAAAGGUUUGGUCGUAAGCUGCUGGAGCUCGGUGGAAACAAUGCUAUCAUCGUUUUUGACGAUGCUGACCUGAAUCUUGUGGUGCCUUCUGCUGUCUUUGCAUCGGUGGGAACCGCUGGCCAGCGCUGCACCACAACCAGGAGACUGAUGCUGCACGAGAGUGUUCACGACACAGUGGUUGAGAGGAUUGCCAAGGCCUACAAACAAGUCCGCAUCGGAGACCCCUGGGAUCCCAGCACCCUGUAUGGGCCUCUGCACACCAAACAAGCUGUGGAGCAGUAUCUGGCAGCCACUGAGCAGGCCAAGCAACAGGGUGGCACUCUGGUCUGUGGAGGAAAGGUGAUGGACCGCCCUGGAAACUACGUGGAGCCAACCAUCAUCACAGGGCUCGCUCACGAUGCUCCCAUUGUCCACACCGAAACCUUUGUCCCCAUACUCUAUGUCCUCAAGUUCAAGACAGAAGAGGAGGCAUUUGCCUGGAACAACGAAGUCCAGCAGGGCCUCUCCAGCAGCAUCUUCACCAAAGAUAUGGGUCGGGUUUUCCGCUGGCUGGGGCCAAAAGGAUCCGACUGCGGCAUCGUGAAUGUCAACAUUCCUACAAGCGGAGCUGAGAUCGGAGGAGCCUUUGGUGGAGAGAAACACACAGGAGGUGGAAGAGAGUCGGGCAGUGACUCAUGGAAGCAGUACAUGAGGCGUUCAACCUGCACAAUAAACUACAGCAAGGAUCUUCCUCUGGCCCAGGGAAUCAAGUUUGAGUAAAGCCUUCAGGUGGUUUGUUGUUUAAGCGUUCAAUGAGCCCAAAAGGACAACACUAAAUGAUUUAGUGGCAGUGUUGCCUAACAAAUGCUACACAUUUGUCACUGCAUUUGUGCAUUCAGAAAGGUCAGUUUUAAUUUCACAAAAUUGGAAUAAUUUUGCAUCUGUUUAAUUUUUCCUGUAUCAAAUCUAUGUCUAUGGUUGUUGCAUUAGAUAUUAAUCCUGGUUUUGAAAUAACAGUUUGAACAUUUAGUGUUUAAAGGUGAAAUACUUUUCCCCAAAAUGGCUGGUGUGCACUUUUCUACAAGCACUUAGAAAGUGAGUUUGAGUGCUAGAUGACUGUACCGGAUACUUUAUACUGUAUAAAAAAAUAAACCUUACCUUUAUUUUGGAAGAAAAA